AUGGCCCUCCAACUCCAGCAAGAUGAGGUGCCGAGAAUCAGCACCAAGCAUCCGGCGCUUGAUGACUUCUGCGCACAGUUACAACGAGACGCAGCGGCGAAGAAGCAGAAGACAGUCGAGCGCGAGAAGCAACGCGAGGAUGCUCGGAAGUGCAGGAACCUACGGGGCGACAAGGAGGACGCGCAGAAGAUGCCACAAGAAGUACUCGACCUCAUCGUGACUUGGGCCAUGCCGAAAGCCAUCAUCGUCGCGAUUCGACACGAUACGAACAUUCAGCCGACCAUCGUCAAUUGGGAUUAUUUCAAACUGACCCUGCAGCUCAUGCGUGUGAGUCGCGGAACCAUGGAGGAUGGCUUGAAGCACGUGGCAAAGAACAUUGUCUUGCGCAUCGACGUGACAAAGUCUCUGUCGCAGACCAGAUACGAGCACGACGAGCGAGCCUUUCUACCAGCCCACGUGCAAUCAUUGGGUCGAGCUCAUCAGACUUCCAAGGCAAGCUUCAGCCUCCUGAAGCACAUCACCACUCUACAAGUCCAAGACAUGAGACUUCUCGAUCUCAACUACACAGACGACCAGAAGAUCUGGGAGGACAAAGCGCCUAAGGGCUCGUCAGACUUCCACAAUCGCUAUCUUCUUCGCUACACCAACUCAUACGCUACUCCGCAGACGAACGGCGGCACGUUCAAACACAUCUCCUUCAAGGUCGAGAAAUUUUCUCUUUCCAUGGAACCUCAACCGGCCCAUCCGAACGCCCUACCAAUCAUGCACCUCGUUGCAGGGGCAUUCGGAGUCCCCAGGAAGCUCUCUGCACUCACGAUAGCGACGCUUCGGGCGCACGCGGUUGUGAGGGCCAACAACACGGCCAACUUUCAUUGGUAUUUGCGGAACCCCAUGCGCGGCGCAAUCGGCCAUGAAUACGACGACAUCACCGCAUACGCACUAAGAGCUUCGGCUGUUCCUGCUGUCUGGGACCAGAGUAAGGUGGAAAGUCUUCCUGGCGUUCCCAACUUUUGCGUCGUGCUUUGGGGUCUGCGCAAGACGGCAGCUCUUUACGAGAAGUACAAGGAGACUGGGGAGUGGGAGAUUUACGAGCCUGAGGUCACAGAGGAGGUAGAAUCUUCGGGCGAGGACGAGGCGCAGGACAAUUAG